AUGGAAGGCCUGCAAGGACUUCCCUGGCCCUGCUUCCUCUCUCUGCAGAACGAGGUGGAGUUGGGGGAGCUGCUUCUGUCCCUGAAUUAUCUCCCCAGCGCCGGGAGGCUGAAUGUGGACGUCAUUCGAGCCAAGCAGCUUCUUCAGACCGACGUGAGCCAAGGUUCAGAUCCCUUUGUGAAAAUCCAGCUGGUGCAUGGACUCAAGCUUGUGAAAACCAAGAAGACAUCCUUCUUAAAAGGCACGAUCGAUCCUUUCUACAACGAAUCUUUUAGCUUCAAGGUUCCCCAAGAAGAACUAGAAAACGCCAGCCUGGUGUUUACAGUGUUCGGCCACAACAUGAAGAGCAGCAACGACUUCAUCGGCAGGAUUGUCAUCGGCCAGUACUCUUCCGGUCCCUCCGAAUCCAACCACUGGCGGCGGAUGCUCAACACCCACCGCACGGCCGUGGGGCAGUGGCACAGCCUGAGGUCCCGGGCCGAGUGUGACCGCGUGUCUCCUGCCUCACUGGAGGUGACCUGAGGCUGCCGGGAAGGCAGCUGUCACGUGUAAAAUAAAACAAGAGAGAGAGAGAAGAAAGUCUAAGACCUAACAUGUCACCUACCUAUCACAUCAACAUCCGCAUACACACUCUAACGGCUACCCCUGCAAACACACACACACACCUAGUCCUCCCAGAACGGAGAGGAAAACGGACUGCUGAUCCCAACACGGCCCCCCUCAGCGAGGGAGGCCUGAGAACUUUGCAGCAAGCCCUCCAUCCAUGUGUCCCAGUUGAGUGGGUUUCUGCUAUGGGACUGACUGACUGGCAGUGCCUGCUCUUGUUGGCACCCUUUGACAUCUGCCCCCUUAGGCACUUUCAACCCUUAGGCCCGGGAAAGAGCCUCCCAAAGGGUGCCCCCCUCCUUCAAGACUCAUUGACCGAGAGCUUGGCCAGUGCGGGGAGCCCUGACCCCCCGCAGGCUGCCUCCCUGGGGGCGGGGGGGGGGGUGUCUUCAACCCGGUCCUUCCCCAAAGGCAGAGGUAUGUUCAUCUUCUCUUUAGUGGACGUGGUAAAUAGAUUAGAUGGUGAUUUGAAGAAACCAAAUGACAACACAAACCAUCCCAAGGUAGGACAACUCUUAGCUUAACUGAAUCCUUGUGUGACAUUAUUCCAGGGCAUGUGUUCUCAUGCGUGUACCCUCACAGAUGAACGCGUGUGUGUCCUCCCGGUGAGCAAGGAGGUGGGCUGGGACCCCGACACUGCACUCCCUCCGCUCAGCCUCUCCUACCCAGUAAGUCUGUGCACAGGGCCUCCUGGCUCUCCGAGGCCCCACCCACAGUGGUAGUGUGUGUGUGUGUGUGUGUGUGUGUGUGUGUGUGUGUGUGUGUGUGUGUGCAGGCUUGCACAUGCACGCCAAAGUUGUCGUUCGUAGAUGGGAUAGAGCCCUCGCUGUUGGAUGCUCCCAUAUCUUUUUCCAUAGCAUAUUGUCUGGUAUGAAGGGGAGCUAUUUAUUGAAAUUAAAGGAUGUUUAUUUGUGUCA